AUGUAUCGAAAGUGCUAUUAUUCUCGUCGCACCAUAGAAAAACGCGCACGGCGCUUACGAAGAUUAGAAAAAAAUGUUAGCUAUUCGGAUAUUUCAAGUAAUAGUGAAGAUGAAAAUGAUCAUCAUGUACAAGAUACACAAUAUUCUAAAUCAACAACUAGCAACAGUCCUUUAACACUUGAUGAUGAUGAAGCAUGUGAUUAUGAGGCAUAUCAUGACGACGAACAUGACAAUACAAAAAAGGCUAAUGAUAUUCAAGAUGAUUUUCUUGACCGAUCGCCACCACUCUACAACAACAGCAAAUUAUCCAGCAUGAAGUCGAUGAAGUUAUUAAUGGAUUUUUUAAUAUCUGAUGUUCAUUUAGAUAAAAGAAAUAUUUUACGUUUAUUGAAAUUGAUUAAAUUUCUUUUACCAGAGCCCAACACAUUACCUACAACUUGGAAAUCUAUCAUGAAAUUAUUUGGACGUACAAAUUUGUCAUCUACAACAUUCUUAUGUUCACGGUGUCAUCAGCUUUGUGGUAAAACGACGUUUAACACAAAAAUAUGUAGAAAUGAAACCUGUCUACAUUCAAAAAGAUCAUUAAGAACAAAUGAAAUUGUAGAAAUAGUUAAUCUAGAUGUACGCAGCCAAUUAAAAUUAAUUGUCAAUCGAAAUAUAAAAAUAUUGACAAAAAAUGAAAAUUAUUUUCCAACAUGUGAUAUAUCUAAUGGUUCUUUCUAUCAAACAACACUAUCCAAAUCCAAAUUAAAUACGAUCACCUUAGUUUUGCACACGGAUGGUGCUCCUUUAGUACGCACCACAAAACAAUCAAUAUGGCCACUUUUUGCUUCUGUAGUUGAGAUCCCUCCUCCACUGAGGGAAUAUCAAAAUAAUAUUAUUCUUUUGGCUUUAUGGUCUUCCAAAAGCAAACCUAACGUUAAUGUAUUUUUAAAGAAAACAGUAGAUGAAAUAAAAAUUUUAAUGGCCGAAGGUACUUCAUUCUUCAUCAAUGGUAUGGAAUUUAAUUUUGUUAUUCGUACACAAUUUUUUAUAUCUGACUUGCCUGCACGAUCUUUAUUUUUACAAACAACAUAUUUUAAUGGAUACUAUGCGUGUCAUUAUUGUGUGACAAAAGGGUUAUGGAGUGGUAGUAUUGUAGUAUAUCCAUAUCAUCAUAAUGAUUUAAAAUUACGUUCACAUGCUGAAGUUAUUGCUGCAGCUAAAGAAGCAGAAAAAAAUUCGACCGGCAAAAGAAUAACAAGUGUUCAAGGUGUAAAAGGUUUAUCCUGUUUAUUGGAUAUUAUGGCAUAUCCUCAACAAAUUCUCUUGGAUUAUAUGCACUUGGUUUGCCUCGGGCAUGUUCAAACAUUAAUAAAACGUUGGUGUCAGCUUAUUGAUAAAGAAGAAGCUAUGAAAAUGGAUAACAUGUUACUCAAGACCCGUGUGCCACACAAUAUUCACGUUGUUUACAAUGAAUCGAUUUCAGCUGUUGAGUGUUGGAAAGCUAAACAUAGUCGACUUUUUGUACUCAAUAUUGGUUUACCCAUAGGAAUUACUUGCCUUCCUGUUUUAAAUGCAUCGCAUUGGGCAAUUUAUUGUGUUGCCAUAAAACUUUUGCAUGCACCAGAAUCAAUAGAAGAUAUCAAUUUUGCAGAACGCUUAAUAAAUUAUUAUUGUCGUACUAUUUCUGAAGUUUAUGAUCAAUCAUUAGAAUAUUAUUCAUUACAUGCACACCUUCAUCUGCCUGCACAAGUACGAUUACAUGGUGGCUUGUCAUUCUGUUCCGCAUUUACAUUUGAGUCGUGCAUUCGAUAUAUUAAAAAACAGGUACACGGUACAAAGCAUCUGGCGAGCCAGAUCGCAUAUUGGUACGAUAUGGAAAAUAUCGUAAAAAAUAAAAUAUUUGAAGUUCCAUCAUCAACUGGUGUUAAUCAAAUUGAUCUGAAUAAUGAACAACUUGGUGACUAUCGUGAACUAGUCAUUAACCUUAUCCAAAUGAAUGAUCAACAGUUAAAACAAGUGGAAUUUUAUAAAAGAUACAAGCAUCAGUUCACCACGUAUCAUACAACAUUGUACGAUAAACGAUUUAAAUGCUGCAGCUUCGUAAUAUCAUACAUCAAAGAUAAAAAUUAUCGUAAUGUUAUUAAUUAUGCAAAUAUUGUUGUGUUUUAUAAAUAUGAUAGUGAAUAUUUUGCAUUCAUCCAAAAAUAUCGUAUGUCAAAAAAAAAAAUUUCAGAUUUUGUUGAAUUACCAACCGAGAUUUUACAAAGAUUAGAUGGUUUAUAUCCAUUAGUGGAACUAUCAAAUGAUUAUGAUAUUAUUUCAGUUGAAGCAUUUCGUCACAAAUGCGUAGCGAUAGAAUUUCAAGAUGUUUUCUGUAUAUCUGAAAUUCGAGUAGACUUUGAACAUGAUUGA